CAGUAGCAAAAUCAUGUGGAGACAGGUUUCUAAAAUUUUAUUGUUGCUUUUGAGCAACAUUCUCAUUGCUGCGCAUAACGGGCCGGCAUACGAAUCUGCGUCGGCAAGCUGUCUAAACCCAAACCAUAAAGUCGGCCAGUGCAUAUCAAUCUACGAUUGCAGUUCGUUGGCUUUCGUCUUAAGAAAACAAUUAAGGGCACAAUAUAGUUUCGUACGUAUGUCGCAAUGUGACGGUGGCGCUUAUGCAAGAGGGAAAUUUCCCUUCGUUUGCUGUACGAACGAUACGAAGUUCCUCGAUCCCAAUGSUGACCAGAAACAACGCAUUAUUUUUCCGGAUACGAAAACAACGGAAUUUCCGCAUGGUGGACAUCAGAGUGUUGCCUUUAUUACACCCCCACAGUGUGGUGCAUUGACUAUUUCGAAUAAGAUUUUUGGUGGUGAGGAAGCUGAGAUAACCGAGUUCACCUGGAUGGUUAAGUUGGAAUAUAAAAACGAAAGCGGCCUAAUUCUUUCGGAAUGUGCCGGUUCUUUAAUCAACGAACGUUACGUUCUAACAGCAGCACACUGUGUGGUCGGUCCUGUUGAGCAGAAAGUUGGAAAACUCGUCUCCGUGUUUGUAGGAGAUCAAGCCACCGCAUCUUCAUAUAAUUACAAUCAUUACGAGUAUGCACCGUCCACUCAACGCUUCGGCAUUGAAUACGUUAUCGUGCACGAGCAUUAUGGAUUUGACCCGCACACAAAUGUACAUGAACAUAAUGACAUAGCGUUGAUUCGACUGAGUAGGUCUGUGGAAUUCAAUAACUACAUUCAGCCUGUUUGCUUGCCAGUACCAGCUKUACAAGAUGAGCUAACAGAAGGAACACAUCUGAUUGUAGCUGGUUGGGGUCAUACGGGCUUAACCCGACAUAGCAGAGUGAAGAAGAAAGUCCACUUGCCKCUAUAUUCAAUGGAAAAAUGUCGCCAUGUUUUCGAGACUCAGACAUCGCUAUCUGAUGAGCAACUCUGCGCUGGCGGUGUAUUCUACGAAGAUGCAUGCACUGGCGAUUCUGGCGGUCCACUUAUGCGUCUCCACUCAGCCUCUUGGGUAAUAGAGGGUGUUGUAUCAUUUGGACGCCAGAGCUGCGGUCAAGAGAAUAUUCCGGGAAUUUAUACGCGUGUACGAAGUUAUAUCGAUUGGAUCGCAGAUCACAUGGAACCUUGGUAGUACCAUAAUACAUAGUUAUCUAGGAUUACUUAGCUAAUAUUCAAAAAUAUAUAAAUUGUAACAUGUUUAGAGAAAUAUAAUAAAUAUGUAUGUAGUAUAUGUAUGAUUUGUACAAGGCCAGAUUCUUUUAUGUAUAUACGUUUGUAUGUUAUAAAGGCAAACGCUU